AUGGCUCUUAAGGGUUCCCCAGUGCUGCCCGGAUGCUUCUAAUGCUGACGGGCGUCCCUAGUGCUGUUUCGGGGGGGGCCCCAGUGCUGCUCAGGGGUCCCAAAUACUGAAGAGUCCCUGGUGUUGCUCGGGGGUCCUCAAUGCUGCUUAGGGAUCCCCGGUGCUGCCCGGAGUGUCCCCAGUGUUGCUUGGGGGUUCCCAGUGCUUCCCAUGGGUCUCUAUUGCUUCUCAGGGGUCCCCAGUGCUGCCCAGAUGCCUCUAAUGCUGCUAGGUAUCCCCAGCACUGCCUGGAGGUCCCCAAUGCUACUAAGGGGGUCCCCAGUGCUGCUCAGGAUGUCCCCAAUGCUGACCAGGGGUCCCCAGUGCUGCUGGGGGUCCCCAUUUUCGUCCCUCGCUGUCUCUCUGCAGGCAGCAAUGCCCGUGGAGCCCCUGAUCUGCUCCGACACGGCCACACGGGUGAGCUCCGUGCUCAACCGGGAUGUGAAGCAGUUUGGGAAGAAGCACAUGUUCGAUGCGAGCGAGGAGACAUGUUGGAACUCAGACCAGAGCCCCUGGUGUCAUUCCUGCCCUCAGGGUACAUGCCAGUGGGUCAUUCUGGAUUUCCCCCGCUGUGUCAAGAUCUCGCAGCUUCACAUCCAGUUCCAGGGGGGAUUCUCCAGCCGGCUGUGCACACUGGAAGGGUGCAGAGAAGGCGAAGAACUGGAGCGAAUCUCCACCCUGUACCCCGAGGACAGCAACGCCAUGCAGAGGUUCCAGGUGGAGGAGACGGUGCUGGAUAAGCUGAAGAUCACGUUUGAGAACAGCACUGACUUCUUUGGGAGGAUCGUGGUGUACCACCUCGGCGUGCUGGGGGAGAGGCUCUAGGGCAGCAGAGAGGGGCUGCUCCCCAUCGCCUGUGCUCCCCCGUGGAGGGGGGGACAGACAUACAGCCCCCAGCUGUACCCCGAGGUGCUGAGAGGGACCCCCUGUCCCAUGGGAUGGCAGUGACAGAGGGACACUAGUGCAGAGAUCCAUGGGCUGGACUAUGAGUCCCUGGUGGGACACAGCCUGUGUGACUGGAUGAAUAAAUGAUGCCCCUGCUC